GUGGUUUCUGCUGAGUUGAACGGGUGCACGUUGUGAGGUUAUACAUAUUGAACCGUGGCUGUAUGGAAUGUGCACGGGCUAUGAAAAUGGUGUAUAAGAAUGUCGUAAUUGCGCGUACAUCCGCGUGCCUGUCGAACGGUGUGCUCCGAGCGUCAAAUUAGGUGAUUUGUGUCUGCGAACGGCAGGCGCCACUACGAGUCCUUCACCGAGCAGGUUACUCGGAUAAACGGGACGAGAAAAGUCAGCAAAAGUAGCAGGCACCAGCAGCCAUCAUUAGUUGGUCUCGACGAAACAGCAAAUAGCACACCCAUACACACAAGAGCGUGCAUUACAUACGUUCGUUCGCUCGCUCGUCCGCCAUCAUCAUCAUCAUAAUCAUGGAAAUAAUUUUUGGUGGUCAGUGUAAUGGUUCAUUUAAUGGUGCGCAUCGUGUUUAAAGCUUGUUACGAAAGUGCUUGCGUGCGUGGACGGGGUUUAGUCCUGCGAAGGAGAGGGAGGGGAAACGCUGGCAAGGGCGGGUUGUGCUGAAAAGGACCGAUUUUUGACACAACAAAGGAAGUUCUCUCGGUCGCUGGAACCCGAUUUACGUAGCAAAGAGACGUGGGUUUGCGUGUGUGCGUUCGUGUGUGUUGGUGUGUUCGGAGCGAUAAUAAAGUGUAAAAUAUACGCAAUCAGCAAUAGAACAAGCGAUGGUGUUGGUGGUAGUGUGGUGUGCGUGUACACGAGGUCGCGAACGGCGAAGGUUUUAUACAAUGCCGUGUGCGCACUAACCCACACACGCACAUCCACUGGUGGCAGUGUUGCCUGCUUGGGUUACAUAUUGCGAGCUGGGUUGUGUGUUGCCAGUGUUGCCAAGGAUCGGUUUGUUGGAGCACGGCCGUGUCUGUCAUCGGAACGUACGUCGCUGUGCGUGUGUAGUUUGAGAGUAGGUGUGUGUGUGUUUGUGCGUCGUCUAAACUGAACCGAACAAAAGCUGUGCAUGUGUGUAAAAAGGAAGCAACCGUAGUCGCUGUGUGUGAGGAAAGAGGAAUACAACCAGCGUAGAAACGCACGCACACAGCUCGUAACCCUGGGAGCUCGUCUGGGUGUGUGUGUGCUACGCGCGCGCCUGUGUGUGUGUGUGAGGGGUACCGAGGUGGAAGAAGUGCGAAGGAAGCGAAAAGAACCAGCACCACCAGGUAGCGCGAUCGUAGCCAAGAACUGACCCCAACACAACAGCAGUCAUCGCAUCGGCCAGCAACACACCACACGCGAGCGCACGUUUUCUCGCCCCGGAUCGCUUUUUUUUUGUUGGGUUCUCUCUAUUUGUCUCGUGUUUCGGUGUGUGUUUCUUGUGCGUGGCUCCACUGAAAAAGGAAAAGAUGGUGGCCGCCGCCAACCUUGUGAGUCGGACCUGCUGCUACGGCGGCUGCCUCGACUGCUACAGCAACUGCUGCGAACGCUGCUGGUGACAGUGGGUUGCCGUGAACCGUCCAUCUUGUUGUCUGUGAGACAAAACGGCUGGGCAGAAGAAGAAGGAGAAGAAGAAGCAGCAGGAUCCGCUCCGGAGUAGCCAACAACAGUUAAUAAAACCACCGCAAGCGGAAGCCGACAGGAGGCGGCUGACAGGAAAAACCCGCUGUAACGCAGUAGCGACUUCAACGACGACGGCACAGGCACCAGUGGAUAAGGAGCAAGCUCGCAGCUCAACAAAGUACAACGAGGCACGUGCACACGUACGGCAGAUACGCGGAAGUUAACAAGAAAAGGGACUCACACAGAGAAAUUCCCGCUACACGACAAAAUUGCGUAAAAGCGAUGGAACUGCGCGUGGGUAACAAGUACCGGCUGGGCCGAAAGAUCGGUUCCGGCUCGUUCGGUGACAUCUAUCUCGGCACGAACAUCUCCACCGGCGAGGAGGUGGCGAUCAAGCUCGAAUGCAUCAAGACGAAACAUCCGCAGCUACACAUCGAGAGCAAGUUCUACAAAAUGCUCCAGGGUGCGGUCGGCAUCCCGACGAUCAAGUGGUGCGGCUCGGAAGGCGACUACAACGUGAUGGUGAUGGAGCUGCUCGGCCCAUCGUUGGAAGAUUUGUUUAACUUUUGCUCGCGCCGCUUCACACUGAAGACGGUGCUGCUGCUCGCGGACCAGAUGAUAUCGCGCAUCGAUUUUAUACACUCGCGCAGCUUCAUCCACCGGGACAUCAAGCCGGACAACUUUCUGAUGGGGCUCGGCAAGAAGGGCAAUCUGGUGUACAUUAUCGAUUUCGGGCUGGCGAAAAAGUACAAGGAUUCGCGCAGCAUGUCCCACAUACCGUACCGGGAGAACAAAAAUCUUACCGGCACCGCCCGGUACGCCUCGAUCAACACGCACCUGGGCAUCGAGCAGUCGCGCCGGGACGAUCUCGAAUCGCUCGGGUACGUGCUGAUGUACUUCAACCUCGGCACGCUACCGUGGCAGGGGCUGAAGGCGGCGAACAAGCGCCAAAAGUAUGAGCGGAUCUCGGAGAAGAAGCUUUCCACGCCGGUCGAGGAGCUGUGCAAAGGGUUCCCGCGCGAGUUCAGCCUGUAUCUGGCGUACUGCCGCCACAUGGACUUUAUCCAGCGGCCCGACUAUUGCUAUCUGCGCAAGCUGUUCCGUACGCUGUUCCACCGGCAGGGCUUCGUGUACGACUAUGUGUUCGACUGGAAUAUGCUCAAGUUUGGCCGACCGAAUCUGAACGCGUUUACGAGCAUGAAGCGCGGCCAAAGCCGAACACCGAGUGCCACCCAGAACGAGCAGCAGCAGCAGCAGCAGCAGCAACAACAACAACAGCAGCAACAGCAACAACAGCAGCAGCAGCAACAGAAACAAAUCACCAACACCACCUCAGUAACGACACCGUCCAAAGGUGCGAGCGGUGGUGGCGGCGUGGUCGUAGCCGGUGGUAAUGUCAGCAAUGCCAACAACAGUAGCAGCGUCGGCGGUGGUACCGCUAUCGUCAGCAGCCACACGGUGGCCGUGGCGGCCGCCGCUGUCGCCGACAAGAGCAAGGAAAUGUCACCCCAGACGCGCCACCUGCUGCAACACUUCAUACGGACGGAGCUGCAGAAGGGACAGCCGCCGGGCGGUGGUGGUGGUGGGGCCGGUGGAAGCGUGCAGCAGCAACAGCAGCAACAGUCCGGCAUGGUGAUGGGUGGUGGCGGGCAACCGUCCGCGCACAGUAACAGCAUCAACAACAACAGUGGCGUCGUCGGCAACGAUCCGAACGUGGUGGACGCGACAACGGCCGCGGUGGCAGCUUCCUUCUCGCGGCACGAAACACCCGAACGCCGCUCGUCGAUUCGUCUGCGUGGGCAAAAUUUGGACGCAAGAAAUGCGGAAUAAUAUUAAAUUUUUCUUUAAUUCGUUUCUUCCUUGCGCGCGCGAGAUCCGAUGGUAUGUUGUGUGUCGUCCUGCCUUUUGGGGACAUUUCCAUACACACGCCCAUGCACACACAAACACACACACACACACAAACGAACAUUUACUUCCAAUGCUCCAUAAUGAUGCAUUAGUGUGUAGGAAGGUGGAUUCCUCCUCCCCCAGAAGCUGCGGAAUAAUACUGAUUCCUAGUUUUUGUUUUGUUUGAUUGACUUUACCAUAAAAAAAAUCGAGAGAACAGCGUGAGAUUGUAGAUUGAUGUUAAUCAUGGUAACAACACUCCAUCCUGCCACAACGUAAAACCAAGGUCCACUUCCUUGAUGAAUCCGCUCGCUUCUUAGUGUACACCAUCCCGGGAAUCGGGGAGGAAUCGAGAAUCAAAAACGUGUCGAUCUCGUCCUCUUUUUUUUUUUGGCUUAAAAGAGAGCGCGAUUAGGGGGAAAACGGAAGGUAGAUAGGCAUUUUUCUGCUCAGGCUUCGUUUUGUUAGUCUUUUUAGGAGAAGCGGCAAGAUACGGGCACAUGACAACAGGCAGAGAGCAGGCAACUGAAGAAGCAAUGCAUAGAAGGCGAGCUUUCCUGCGCGGAAAAGUGGGAAGGAAACGGGACGAAUUCUGGUGCGCGUGUCUUGGGUGUGUGUGUGUGUGUAUAAAGGGAAGAAACGCGUGAGAAAAAGGGGUAGAAGAACGUAGACAAAGUGACUGUGUUUGCCGCACGUCGACUGAUACAUACAGAGCGAGAGAGAGAGAUAGCGAGGGAGACGGGAUCCCUCUAAAUGCUUCUUCUUUUUUUUCUUUGGAGACCACACUGCUUACACGGUUGCAGCGCUGGGUGGUGCGUCAAUGCGUUUGUGAACCUAAAACGAUCAUAUACCGAUUAUGUUUUUGUUAUGUACUUUUUCUUUUUGGGUUUCUUGAAUUAAUUUGCUCACAUCAGAUUUUCCUUAUUCCCUUACUCCCACGUUAGAGGUUCGAUCCGUUUGCUUAAUUGCUGUACAAAGAAAAUAUAUAUAUAUAUACAACAUGGAUGUAACACGUAAAGUGAAGAAAUGUUCUUUUGUCGUUAAGCUGAUGUUUGAUCCUAUGCGCGUACUGGAAAGGAAAAUAGGAGAAGAACAGGAAGGAACCUUGCUUGCGAGGUUGUCGAUCAUGAACGGGGAAUUAAGACCGGUCAGCGAAACGUAAGCCACAACAGCACCUCAAGCAACUGUGAAGCUGCCAGAUUUUUCGUUCGUUCAUUCGUUCGUUUUGUUGGCUCUCGUGGGCUGAGGGGCUUACAGGAAAAUGAUUUGCAAAACAAAACAGGCUUAACAGGAGAGAAGCGCUUUUUAAAAGUUGCCGUUGGGAGAAGCUUAUCCGCCGGAAGGGUUUAGAAGAAGAAUAAGAAGAAGGGACGAUUGACGACGGCACGGUUUAGCUAAACGUAAAACAAAAAGGGGUAAUAGUAAUGUUUAAAUGAAUUUAGAGCCAACUGCCGGCCUGCCUGCGUGCCAAGCAGCCAGCCAGCCAGCCAGCCAGCCAGGGUUUAUACUGAUCACACACACAUAUAUAACAUCAACCAGCUCUGGAGUACAUCAGAGAAGGAGGUUUAGGUUAGCGAAGACGAAGGAAGGGAGGGGAGUGUGAAGAAAAUGGCCAGCAGAGGAGCAGAGGAGUUUGAAUUUAAGUAGCAGUAGUACGGAGAGAGGGGGGAGCCCGCGUGAAUGCGUGAAUGAUGAAGUGAUAAGAGGAUGGCGUAAGGUAAAUAGUAGUGCGCGGCCGCUGUGCGACUAAUAAAAACUCGACUAACUCUAAACUAACGCGAACCGCUUUUUGACACUCUCACUCACUGGCUCUCGAAACUACAUAUAAAAAAGGAGCGUAAGAAUUGUGAAACGGAAGAAACCUCUCUAAGGGGAGGACGUGAAGGAUAUGGCUCAAGUUCUUCAGGAAAGGGUAACGAAGGACUAAUACUUGGUGGAGAAAAAAGAAGCAGGACAAAACACAACUACAAAAAUGGUUCCAUACUUCAUUCAUCUAAUGUGUGUGUGUGUAUGAUGAUCCAGUCCAGGAAUAUUGGACUGGUGAAGGUGAAAGCAAACAGUACUACAAUACAAACCACACACACACACCAGCAGUAGUGUAAUAAGGAACUGUAUAAAGCAUUGAUAAUGUGAGGCAAAGGAUAAGGAAAUUAAACUAACUUAAUAGCCACCAACCGCAACCCGCUCUAGCGUUUAAUCUAGGACAGUACUGAGAAUAUCUACUACUACUACAGCAACAAAAACAGCUACUACUACUACUAGUAAACGAACGAACGUGGAACCACUCGGGGUGUGUGUAUCGGUGAUUAGAGUUUUGCCGCCCCGAAACACUCCCCCGAAAAACCCGGCAAGAUUACAAUUUACAAACUACACACACACACACCCUUAUACAAUAUACAUGUGUAAUUAUGGUAGAGCCCUAAAGCAGCAUUAAUGCAGCGAUGCAACGAAGAGAAUUAAAUACUGCUUGUUUUUGUUUUGGCUGGAGGAAGAACUGAACCUCCAAACGUCAAAGUAAAACGUAAACAAAUUAAACAAACACACACACACACACAUACGUCGUUUGAUAAGCUAAGUUUAAGUAGACCAACUGGGAAAUAUAAAAGAAAAUUAAAAAUGAUGCUAUUUGUGUGUGUGUGCGAGGAGGGAAAAAGGAAGAACGAAAGAAGAUAGAGAGGAGAAAAAUGGAUUAGAUUUAAAAAACAAACGGUGGGAUGACAAGUGAAGUGUGUUACUCUAAGCCAAGGAAAACACUAUACAAACGCGCCCAAGCGAAGCGAAGAGAAAAACACACACACACACACAGAACAUAGAGAACUGAAGGAUGAAAAUCGGAAACAACUAAAAAAACACAACACACAGGAACGAUCGGGAACGGGUGUAUGUGCAAUUUUGAUGGGUCUUCUGCAUGCGUGCGACGAAUGAAUGUGGUUUACCGUAUUAAUGUAGAGAAAUGGGCAACAGGAAGUAAGUAGCCACAGAGAGAAAGAGAAAGAGAGAGAUGGGGGAUAGUAGUGGGAAGGAUAGAGAAAAGAGUGUGGCUAAUGAAACACACACAUACACACAGUACAUGAAAGCGGAAGAAAGGAAACAGUAACGACAUUUAAGAAUAUUUAGUAAUUAGUAACCAUCGUGAGAAAACCGAAAAGAAACAAAAAAAACUAAUAAUACAAAACAAAAACCGAAAAAUAAGCAAACAACACAAAACAACAAAGAUGAAAGGAAAACUCGAGAGGAAAAUUACACUCUAGGAACAAAAAGGAAAAAAACAAACACACACACACACAGCAGCAACACAUUACAUAUAUUGCGCUUGGUGUGCAAUUGUAAUAACAAACAAACUCUACAGCAAAACAAAACAAAACAAAAAAAAAUGAAAUGGAAUGUAAUGGACAUGUACAAUGAAGAAGGAAAGCGAGCUUUGAUCGGCUCAAUUUCUGUGGCUUGGAAUGAGAUGAUAAGAUAGAGAGAGAGAGAGAGAGUAGAGAGAUGAUGAUGAAACGCUGCAACAACAGGAAGAAGAAAAAACUCUCAUACAUAUAUAAACUUAUCGAUGGAUGGCAUCCAAGUCCUGCGUGGGGAUCGUCGGUUCGCUCACCGAGAGGAGGUGGUGGCAAACACGGCCAGACGACGGACUUGGAACGGAACGGAAAGGGGCGAAACGCCAGCGCAGCGAUGCGCGCAUGAUGAAGGAAAACAGAAUGAAGUUUCGCAUAAACCGAUUGAACAGAGAAUAAAUCAUGUAAAACCGAUAUAUGUGGUAACGAGA